AUGGCCCUCCGUCUGUGGGUGGUCGCCCUGGCCUUGGCUGCCCUCCUCGUUGUAGACAGAGGAGUGCCAGUGUCAGGAGAAAAGCUCGUUUUCUCAAGAAUGCCCUACUGUGAGCAUAUGGCAGAGUCGCCAGACUGUUCCCAGACAUCCAACCUGGUCUGCGGCACUGACGGGGUCACAUAUGAAAGUGAAUGCCAUCUUUGCUUAGCCCGGAUGAAAACCAAACAGGACAUCCAGAUCGUGAAGGAUGGCAAAUGCUGA